AUGAUCAGAGCAAGAUCCGCUUCAAAAUGUCUAAAAGUCGGCGAACUUUACUGCUCAACUAUACAAGCUGCUCAAUGCCGGAGAUUCUCAGCAUCAAUUCCACGACGAACAAAUACAUUAAUGGAAACAAGUGGCUUCUCUGAUACUCAGUUACAAGUGAGAGAAGCAAUUGGCAAAAUAUGCUCAAACUUCCCGGAUGACUACUGGGCCCAGCAUGAUGAAUCUGGAGAGUACCCCCAUGAGUUACACACGGCUCUAUCAAAAGAUGGCUGGAUUGGUAUUGCUCUACCAGAGGAACUUGGCGGUGCCGGACUAGGGAUUUCAGAGGCCACCAUGAUGUUGCAUACAAUCUCAGAGUCUGGUGCUGGUAUGGCAGGAGCUCAAUCAAUACAUGCAAACGUCUACGCAACCCAGCCAGUAGCCAAAUUCGCCACGCCCUCCCAGCGCCAACAAAUGCUCCCAAACCUGAUAAAUGGCACCUACCGCACCUGUUUCGGAGUAACAGAACCCAACACCGGUCUCGAAACCCUGAAACUCAGAACUCAAGCCGUCCGCGACGGCGACCAAUACAAGAUUUCCGGUCAGAAGAUUUGGAUUUCUUCUGCUCAAGUUGCCACUAAGAUGGUGCUCCUGGCGCGUACUACGCCUUUGGAAGAAAUGAAAAAACCUUCUGAGGGGCUGUCGCUAUUCUUUAUUGACUUUGAUAAGAGUAAGCCGGGUUUGGAGCUCAAGAAGAUCAAGAAGAUGGGUGGGAGGGCUGUGGAUGCUAAUGAAGUUUUCUUUGACAAUUAUGUUAUACCUGCUGAUACUCUGAUCGGGAAUGAGGGGCAGGGAUUCAAGAUCGUUCUGCACGGUAUGAAUGCCGAGAGAUGUCUCCUCGCCGGAGAAGCACUAGGACUUGGCUUUGCUGCUCUAUACCGAGCGUCCAAGUAUGCGAAGGAGAGAAUUGUGUUCGGACGACCUAUUGGCAUGAAUCAAGGCAUCCAACAUCCGCUAGCUGAGGCUUAUAUGCAUCUCGAGGCUGCAAAAUUGGCUACGUAUCAUGCUGCGAGGUUGUACGACCAGUCGACGACAGACGAGAGUAUCACGCAGACUGCUGUUGGGGUCGCUUGUAAUAGUGCGAAGUAUCUGGCUGCUGAGGCUGCUUUUACUGCUUGUGAGAGGAGUGUUCUGAGUUUAGGUGGGAUGGGAUACGCGCAGGAAUAUCAUGUGGAAAGAUAUCUGAGGGAGUGCUUCGUGCCUCGUAUUGCGCCGGUAUCGAGGGAGAUGAUCAUGAAUUAUGUCGCGGAGAAGGUGCUCGGCCUGCCUAGGAGCUACUAG